AUGUUUGGCAGUCGCUCGCCCGGCAGGAACUCUGAGGUUGACCUGCCCACUACCUCCAAUGGCGACGGGAACCACUUUCCUCAGCUGGGUGAGGCAGCUGGAGGUGGAUGUCAGCGCAAGUGCGGGAGGGGGCGAAGCUGCACAGCCCGUGAGGAUUCUUCUAACUCGCUACAGCUCUGUGUCUCAUAUACUGAAAGUAAUUCAUGUGUGUUAAUCUCAUCCAGAGACUUGAAGCCAGAAAACAUCCUCCUUGACCAUGAGGGGCAUAUCAUUUUGACAGACUUUGGAUUGUGCAAGGAAGGCAUUUCCCUGACAGAUACCACCACUACAUUCUGUGGUACACCUGAGUACUUGGCUCCAGAGGUCCUGAGGAAGCAGCCAUAUGAUAAUACAGUAGACUGGUGGUGUCUGGGUUCAGUGCUGUAUGAAAUGCUCUUCGGCCUGCCGCCAUUCUACAGCAGAGACACACAUGAAAUGUAUGACAACAUCCUCCACAAACCGUUGGUGAUGCGUCCUGGUGCGUCCAGCACAGCCUGGUCAAUCCUCCAGGGACUGCUGGAAAAAGACGGCACACACAGGCUGGGGUCGAGGGAUGACUUUAAUGAGAUCAAAGCACACAGCUUCUUCUCCUCCAUCAACUGGGAUGACCUCGAUCAGAAGAAGAUCCCUCCCCCAUUUACACCCAAUGUGAGCUCCUGCUGUGACAUCUCAAACUUCGAUCCAGAGUUCACAGAUGAGAUGGUCCCCAACUCCAUCUGCUGGUCUCAAGACCAUUCCAUAGUCAAUGCCAGUGUAAUGGAGGCAGACGAUGCGUUUGUGGGCUUCUCUUAUGCCCCAGCUUCUGAUGACUCUUUCCUAUGAAACAUUCCCCAUGAGGUCUUGGAUUGCCUUAACCAUCAUAACUUCUUUUGACUAAAGGGAAGAAAUUGUACCGUGGAUUAUAACUUGUUCUAUGAAACCAAAGCGAGAGGAUGAGACUAAACAGCACUUAAAACAUUUUGGUUGGAACAAAGCGUGCCAGAAAAGUCUUUAUUUUUUACCAAUUUGUAUUUAUAUAAAUAUGUAUACAUAACAGAUGAUAUUUUUAAGAGUUAUGGACAGACAUCCUCUUGUUAAUGGUAUUUCUGGUGGUUUCUAAAAUGAGCCUCUUAAAGCCUUAAAUUUGUCCCUUUAAAUGAAAUCAAUAAGCAGUUUUCUGGAAAACUUGAACAAUUCACUGGACUUAAAAUCACACCAUUUGACUGCCAGAUGGAGGUGAGUUCGUCCAUGUAAUUACUGUAAAAAUACAUUGUAGCUAAACUGGAAAUAGGGAUUACUUGAGAGACCACCAAAUAAAGCAUUAUGGUUUAUAGGUCACAUUUGUAAACAAGAAAAAAUGUCUUCUUCUUCUUCAUUUACCUUUCAGUUUGUCUUUAAAUAUUGAGUGAAUUGUUUUUU